AUGCAGUAUGUCCAGAGGGGGCUGCAGUCCAGAAAAGUGAUCACAAGAAAGGAGGCAGAGGCUGGACGAGGGCCAGGGAUGGAGCAUAGAUCAAGUUCAUCACUGGACAGUUGGGGCUCUGUUUUGGUGAUGAAGCCAGCACAAAAGCUGAGUGAGGGGCAGGAAAAGGAGCAAGCACUGGGAGAGCAGCCCUGGGAGCCAGCACUGGAGGACCUAGCUGAGCAGAGGACUGGGCAAACAGCCCAUUUGAAGGAAAUACUGCUGCAGAUGGAAUAUACCCACUCUCCUCCGAAAAGCAUGUAUCGGAGGGAGCAGAUUUCACUCUCUCUUGUAACAGAGCUGAAGACGUCAUCACUCCAGACAGAGACAUUGUUUUUGCUGUUGAAGACUAUUUUUCUUCUUAAUUCAGGUGUUUUUGCAGAUACAAUUGGUCCGAUGGAGGAAGAUUCCAACCUUGUCAAAAAAGAGGCAGAUGUUGUUACUCUGAAAUGCUCAUAUGAGUCAACCAGCAGUAACAUUUGGCUUUACUGGUACAGACAGCGUGUUAAUGUAGCUCCAGAAUAUUUACUGUAUCAAGGAGCAAAAUCACGCAGUAGUGAGAAGAGUACCCCCACUGACACUCGACUUAAAGCAACAACAACUGAUACAUCUACUGAACUUAAAAUCAGUGGACUAAAGCUCACAGACUCUGCGCUCUACUACUGUGUUCUUAGAGUAGACCCAGUGAUACAAAGUCCCUGA